AUGGACAGCGAUCGUCGACCGAACCGCGGAAGUCGCUCCGGCACGCCUCUGCUCUUCAAGGCAGAAGACCACAUGGACGAGGUGGAAUCCAAGCGCCCCUCUCGCUCGGGCACGUCCUCUCCGUCCUCACAACUGACUCCCAACACCAACGACACCGAAGCCGGUCGCCGUCCGCCUAUGACGACGACGACCUCGCAACGCAGCACCUUCAGCCGCCAAUCGACCAUGCACUCGCGCAAUCCCGCCAGCACGCUCCAAGCCGCCAAGGCCUCUGCCCGCAAGAAAUACCUCUUUGCCGCCUUUUUCCUUUCCAUAUCCCUCGUCGCCUUCUGCAUACAGACCGAGCUGUCCGCGUACAUUCAGCACGAUCUGGCCUGGGGCAAGGCGUAUUGCAUGAUGUACCUGACGCACAGCUCGUGGAUAGUUCUGUGGCCAAUGACGUUUCUAGUUGUAAGACUGCAGAAGCGCCAUGAGCCGUGGGACCAGUUCUGGCGGAAGCACCUACAGGUUGUCCUGUCGACCGUCACCAUGAUUGAGCUGCAGACCAUCAACGUCACGACGCCCUCGGUUGCCCGGCGCGGGCGGCCGGUCAUGUAUCUUGCGCGAAUGACGAUAUACAUCACCUCUGCGCUGACCAUUGCCGGGCUGAGCUGGUACAUUGCCGUGAGCCUGACGACCCCGUCCGACCUGACCGCCAUAUACAACUGCAGCGCCUUCUUUGCGUACGCAUUCUCCGUGCCGAUUCUCAAAGAACCCCUCCGCGUGGACAAGUCCAUCGCCGUCAUGAUCGCCAUCCUGGGCGUCCUGGUCGUAGCCUACGGCGACACCGGCUCCGACGAGGCGACGUCGUCCGCGGCCGGCCCCUCCAACCCCGGUGCAGGCUCCCGCUUCGCAGGCAACCUCAUCAUCGGCGUGGGUUCCGUGCUGUACGGCCUCUACGAGGUCCUGUACAAGCGCUACGCCUGCCCGCCCGAGGGUGUGUCCCCCGUCCGCGGCACCAUCUUCGCCAACGUGUUCGGCAGCUGCAUCGGCUUCUUCACCCUCACCGUGCUCUGGAUCCCCCUCCCCUUCCUGCACUGGCUCCACAUUGAGCGUUUCGAAAUCCCCAACGCCUCGACAUGCUGGCUGAUUCUCUUGGCCGUCUUGUCCAACGCCACGUUUAGCGGCUGCUUCCUGGUGCUGAUUUCGCUGACGUCGCCCGUGCUGUCCAGCGUCGCCGCCCUGUUGACCAUCUUCAUCGUCGCUCUUGCCGAUUGGUUCCUGACCGGCCAGCCGCUCAGUUGGGCCGCCAUCAUGGGCGGGAGCAUGAUCAUUGUGGCCUUUGCGGCUUUGAGCUGGAGCACCUACCGCGAGAUGAUGGAGCACGAGGCGCACAAGUUGGCCGUCGACCUCACCGACGACGAUGAGGGGGACAUGGAUAGCGAUAGAGACUAG